AUAAAACAGUGGCGUGUAAAUGCCAUCAUGUGCUUUAUACUUUAUCAUGGACAUACGCUUUUGUCUAUCCAUUUUUCGCCACCCGGGUCUUACUCAGCAGAAAAGAAAGUGUCACUUUCUGAUCCGGGGACUACCCCACGUUUUGCUUGCACAAAAGGGUACACAGCAAGAGGUGUAAGAAAAACUCCGGCUUGCUUGAUUUCUUGCACAUCGAAUGGCUGAAAGUGUCAACGACUUUAUUGCAGGCUGGAUAAGUGGUGCCGCAGGGAUCAUCGUUGGUAGCCCACUUGAUGUCUUGAAGGCAAGGCUGCAGGCUCCAAAGCCUGCUGCAGGAAUGACGACAGAGCCAUUACCAACAGCGUGGCAGACAUUGACGCGAAUGGUAAAAUAUGAAGGGGCCAGCUCAAUGUUCAAGGGCGUACUUGCACCUGUCUUGGGUUUAGCAGGUCUAAAUGCAGUACUCUUCUUCUCCUAUGGCAGCAUCAUAAGAGCGUUUGAAAGACAGUUUGGAGAGGCAAAAGCCCUUGGGUUAUUGAAGGAGCAGCAAGAUGCAUUCAUGCCGUCACUUGGGCAAGUCUAUAUCGCCGGUUGUGGAGCUGGAAUUGCUAGUUUUCUCUUUUCAGCGCCCACCGAGCUUGUCAAAAUCAAAGCACAAGUCUCGCAUGUUCCGAAAAGCUCAUUGCAGGUUGUCCGGGAGACACUGGCAAGAGAUGGGUUGCGAGGUCUGUAUCAAGGUGGCUGGAUCACCAUUAUACGCGAUGCGCCAAGCUAUGGCAUCUACUUUUGGGUGUACGAAGGCAUGAAGCGUCUCUGGGAGACAGAUGCGAGUAAAUCGAAUGCAUGGCAACUCCUUUUGGCAGGGGGCACAGCAGGGGUGGUGUCAUGGUCAUCCAUCUAUCCUAUCGAUGUUGUCAAAUCAAGACUGCAAAUGCAGGUGGUACCACCAGCGCGAGUGUUAUCGUCAACAGCAAUGGCGGUCCAUGCUCAGCAACAACAGCAGCAGCACUCCGGUUUCGCAGUACCUAGCAGACUGGCUAACCCUGGUGAACGACAGCGCUAUGGGACAUUAUCCGCACCGUCAGCUGCCUCUACCAUGCGUCCGUAUACCUCGAUUAAAGAUUGUGUGGUAAGGUCGUACCAAACAGAGGGCAUCUCUGUCUUUUUCCGUGGCCUUGGACCAACAGUAUUGCGGGCAUUUCCGGUCAAUGCGGUCACAUUCUUUGUGUACGAAAUGACGAUUGAUUUCCUAGGUGGAUAGAAAUAUAUCAUACCAAAGUAGAAAGUAACAUGCUACAAUUAUUCAUCCAUGCAGGUGCUGUUUCCAAAGGAUAAAAACAAAAUAAAUGCAAUAGAGAACAGAGAUGAAUAAAGAAAGCGUAAACGGCAAUAACGUUUUCCGAAAGCGUAAACAAGAUCACCG